UCUCCCGUGUUAUUCCCACGUUCCCCCCUGCAAUUAUCGCCACCCAGUGACUGUGAAAGCCCCUCGAAAUCUCUAAAAAUGUCAGUAAAACCCAGUAAAAUAGUCUGAACGUUCGAAGAGCUUUCUAAACAAUCGUCUCAACUCGUUAAAAUGUCUUGUCAAAUCGUAACCUAGACCCAGUGAACGUAGUUACGCCCCUCUAGCUCUCACAAAAGACAAAACUCCCCCCUCCCGAACUCGACUAAUUACCCCAGGAGUCAAGGAAUCCGCGGAAAAAAAAAAGUGAUUAAAAAUCAGGAAAUAUCGCAGCGUCGAGGACGUUGCUGAUUUUAGUAAUUAAAUGUUGAUCAUUUCGCCCGAUAAAAUCGAGGAACCAACGUCACCGUCGGGUACGUCGUCGCCCACAUCGACGUCGUCACCAGGAUUAUUAGUCAGCACACCAGGAAUGUCUGGAGAUCACAGACCUGUCAUUCGUUAUCCAUCUGAAUAUGUUAAAUUAAAUAUUGGGGGAUCGUUGCAUUACACUACUAUUAGCACACUCAGGAAACAUGAUACCAUGCUUCGUGCCAUGUUCAGUGGACGAAUGGAUGUGCAUACGGAUUCUGAAGGUUGGAUUCUCAUCGACAGAUGUGGAAAACACUUCGGAACAAUUCUCAAUUUCCUGAGGGAUGGCUCAGUGGGCCUGCCCGAGAGUACUAAAGAAAUAACAGAAUUACUGGCGGAGGCCAAAUACUACUGCAUAAGUGAACUAGCUGAAUCGUGUGAACAGGCUCUACUUCGUAAAGAGAGAGAGGCCGAGCCAAUUUGCAGGGUUGCACUCAUAACAUCACAGCGAGAGGAGCAAUUGUUGAUCAGUAGCACUACCAAACCGGUUGUUAAACUUCUUAUCAAUAGGCAUAACAAUAAAUACUCAUAUACCAGCACGUCUGAUGACAAUCUAUUAAAAAAUAUCGAAUUAUUCGACAAAAUGUCGUUGAGAUUCAACGGGAGAGUUCUAUUCAUCAAGGACGUGAUAGGCUCAAUUGAAAUAUGUUGCUGGACAUUCUAUGGUCAUGGGAGAAAAGUUGGUGAGGUCUGUUGUCAUUCGAUUGUCUACACGACUGAUAAAAAGCACACGAAGGUGGAGUUUCCCGAGGCUCGUAUCUACGAAGAGACCCUCAAUAUUCUUCUGUACGAGCACAGAAACGGCCCAGACCAAGAAUUAAUGCAGGCAACAUCAUCCCGAGGUGCAGUGGGUGGUGGCCCUCCCUGCACCUCAGACGAGGAAGAGGGUGAGCGUUCUGGACUAGCUCGACUACGCACCAACAAGCAAAAUACCAACUGACCCCCCCUAGCUGUCCUCACACCCCCCCACCCAGCAUUACUGAGCUUAGUGAGAUCAUUGAAAACACGUGCCCACAUUAAAUAGACGAAAACCAUCGGGAAUACACCAAAUUCCCCCCGAGUAUUAAAAAAAAAUAAUGAACAAGACAAUUAAACGAUUGAUUAUCCAGCAAACAUGUUGAUCGACUCACGCUGACAAUUACUGAAUAAUUAAUUACUUCGGUUUUGUGCCAAAAAUAGAAAUUAAGGGAGAGGGAGGUAAAAGGGACGUUCUUAAAUCAUCAAUAUCUCGCGACUAAACGAUGCAAUUUGAAUAAAUCAAAUUUCAUUUUAAAGUCAUAAAAAAAAACUUGAAAAUGAAAAAAAAAUCGACAUUUUUCACUCAGCCAAUCUUGAUUUAUUGGAGAUUGAAUAGUGAACGGUUCAUUUUACCCCGCUCUCCCCUAUCAUUUUUUUCCCUCUAAUUAAUUGAUUGAUUGAUUAAUUUAAUUGGAUAAUUUCCUCAAUCCCUCUGUAGAUUACUGUUAAUUGAUCAAUUAUCGAGUCAUUAUUUAUUCACCCGUAAUUUAUGGUAAAGAUAAUUAAUAUUAAUGCCAAUAAAAUCGUCAGGAUUAAAUUAUCAUUUUCUCUUUGUUAAUUAUUAAUGAAAAAUUAAAUUAAUUACAUUUGCAUUAUGACGACGUAUGGAUUACCACUGCCAAUAAACCAUGAAAAAUUUAUCACUAUAAUCGAGAUCAUUGUUUUAAGUAUUAAAAACUUUCUAAAGUAAUUUUUCGAAUUUUUUUCUUUCGUUUUUUUUCAUUUUUUAUUUCACGAAAUUGAGAAAAAUGAUGCGAUUAUUUUUCUAUCUGCAUGGCGAACCUCAUCCGACGCAUCAUUUUUUUAUCAAAUGGUUAAUUAAUUAACGAACAAUACAGGGUUUUCAUUGUCCCCCCCGCCCCUGUGGGCAGAUGCAAAUUAAAUAUUUCAUUCGAAAAUUAUAUAAUGUCGAAAAAAAAUGAAGUUUAAGUGUGUAAAUUAGUACAUAAAGUGUUGAAUAAUAACUGUUGAAUAACUAUAAUGUUUCAAGAGAAACCCAGUGAGGAAACUGCACUGAUAAACAAUAAUCAUCAUUUUUUAAUCAACGACACGAGUUUUUCUUUCAUUCUGGCAUUUAAGGGAAGAUUCUAGUUAAAUUAAUUAGAAAGCAUUAAUUCUCUCGUGACCAUCAGAUAGCCAGCGAAUUUGUCAACAAAUUUUAAAAAAUACUCGUUUUACCCCCGAGAUUUUGUUUUCUGAAAAAAUAUCUGACAAAAGAGAAUUGAAUACUAUUCUAUGAAACAUGA